AUGAUCUGUGUCUGCUGCUUCGCUUUGAGUCUCUCACUGUUUUCAGGUCUUAACAUGUUUUUUACUGUCAAAGAGGUUCAGGAGAUAAAAAUGAUCAUGUUAAACUUCUGUCAGAUCUUUAUAAGUCAGUCUGAUCUUCUCCACAGGUUCCUCUGUGAGUGUCAAAGUCACACAGACUCAAGCAGAUCUGUUCUACACACCAGGAGACACGGCCAGAAUCAACUGUUCUCAUGAUGAGAGUAAAUACGAUCAAAUCCUCUGGUAUAAGAAGACAAACGGCACACAGAUGCAGUUACUGGGAUAUAUGUAUUAUACAAAAGGAACUCCAGAGGACAAAGUGAAUGUGAGCUUUGAAGGUGGAGCGAGCAAAGACCAGAACUGCACAUUAAUCAUUGAAAAAGUCGACCUGAGCAGCAGUGCGGUGUAUUUCUGUGCUGCGAGUUUACACGGUGCUCUACAUCACUGCUCAUCAGUACAAAAACCUCCUCUUCAUUACAGCCCACAGACUCCUGCACCUGGAUCUCUUCCCUUCAAAGAGUUGUUAUGAACUUCAACAGACCUCCAAAGAGCUGAACCAGACUUCCUCAUGGACCAAUCAUCCUCCAGACUUCAAUCAAUAAAACACUCCUCUUUGAGCAUCUCUCACCUUCUUCUUAACCUGUUCAAUAAUCACAUGAUUUGAUUUUGAAAUAACUCGCACUUGUACUGAUGUGACCUCAGAGUAAAGUCAGAUAAUCAGCGACAGUCUGAGUUAUUUCUCUGUACUGUGUUUUAGCGUCUGUGUUGAGGUCAGAUCUUCUAAAUCUCUGACUCCUCCCCUCUCAGCUGAUCCUACAUCAGUUCAGUCUGCCCGUGAACGCAGACACAGAGAGACAGAUCAGGACAUCAUGAUCAGGAUCCUUCUGCUGCUUCUCUGCUUCUGUAGGUUUGAACUCAAACUCUUUGAUAAAAAUCCUUCAGUGUCACCCUAAUGUCACACCGCUGUCUUUUCUCUCUGUGUGCAGGUCAGUCACUGAGCUAUGAAGUCCAUCAACAUCCUCCGUCAAUCUUGGGAAGUCCAGAAAGUACUCAAGUUAUCAGCUGCAAUCACUCCGUCAGUACAUUUUACGUGAUUUUGUGGUAUCAGGUGCCAACAGGUGACUCUAAACUCGACCUCAUUGGAUAUAUUCAGUAUAAAAGGCCUGAUGUGGAGGAGAAACACAAACCGCACUUCAACAUAACCGGAGAUGGCUCGAAGAGAUCUGAACUUCAUGUGCUGAAACUCAGACAGGAGGACGACGGCGGCGUGUUUUACUGUGCAGCGAGUACACAGUGA